AUGUUUACCCUUGACCAGGAAAAUAUCUGUGCCGCAGAACCCAAUGAGGAUGCGACAGAACACCUCCUUCUGCCAGGACGGUCUGGAUUCGAAGACGAACUCGUUCGAGAAGUUGCCUACUUCGAGCUAACCGAGUUUCUGAUUGGUGAACUAGAUUCCCUAAAUUCAAUGUCCUUGAUUCGAUCGAUAUUUCCUGACGAACCAGCAAUCGAUGGUGACAAGGCAGCUACAACCAUGACCUACACAACUAACAAUACUCUCCACGAAGAAAGCUUGAGGACGAUAAAGAGUAACUAA